ACACGGAGCAACGUCAUUUUCAGUCGACGGCCGCGACAGGAAGACCUCUUACCGGGUUAUUUUUGUUGUGGAUAACAUCUUCCCCGUCCUUCAGCUGGAAGAAAUGUACUACAAAUUCAGCGGCUUCACUCAGAAACUGACGGGCUCGGCUCCUACGGCCGCCUACAAUCCGCAGGGCCUGAGACCAGGUGUGCCGACGGAGUCCCCAACCAUGAUUUUUGCCACACCCACCAAGGUGGUGUCAGAAGCUGGGGCCACAGUUGAGUACUUGGGAGCCAACAGGGUGCCCGACCUCCAGAGACUAUUCCAGACGUCAGACGGUAUCCCCGUCCAUUUGAAGGGCGGCGUCCCUGACAGGCUACUGUACCGCACCACCAUGGCGCUGACUGUAGGGGGCGCUCUCUACUGCCUCGUGGCUCUGUACAUCGCAGCCCAACCCAGCAACAAGUAACCACUGCCAGGGGAGCCCAGGAACAACAGAUGCAGCUUUAACACUUCCAUGCUACACAUCACCACUGCAUCACCCAAACAUCGACGGAACAUCGUCACUCUUCCCCUCGCCACGCCACCGCGGCAAGACUCAAAACUCUUCUUAGGAAUGACAACGAUGAUAGAGGAUUUGCAGUGAAUUUUUACCAAUGUCAGAAAAUCACACAGAUGAUAACUCUAUGUCUGUCCUCUUUGUUAAAAAAAAUUCUAAGUUAAUAAAUUUCCAGAAGAAUAAUAGAAUAAAAAUGGUAAACUAUACUUUGA